GCAAUAGAUCACAAUCAGGAAUAUCCUAACUCCAACAACUGGGCAUUCGAUGUAGAAUCCGACGGUAUAGAAUUAAACCUGUUCCAACCAGGAAACAAGCAGGUGUACGGGUGGUGUAAACGGGAUGAUGGCCAUAUGCUUUAUUUCCCAACCAAGUAUGCUUCUCUCGAGCUCUAUCUGAACGCACUAGAUUUUGAAACUGAUUCUAGGGCGGCAAGCGUCCGGAUCAAGGCUACUAUAGUGUGGUGGUUGUUCAAGAGCAUGACAGUGCUACAUAGGAAAGUAAGCAAGUACAUAAAGGAGGGUCAAAAGCCAGGGGUUUGUGACGCUUGAUUUCUGCCACCGCGAGCCGAUCUGAAGCCUCUGGCAGCUAUCUUCCCGAGACUAUCGACUCUGAUGGGGUGCUCGAAGGCCGUCAAGUGUGUGCACAAGGGCUGGCUGACGUAUAAAGGCAGGAUACUUCGCAUACGCACAGGUGCUAGUGAAUUGUGAACGCCCACAAGGCACAGCUUAUGAAGGAGAAGGUCAACAUGUAUCGAG